UAAAAAUACUGUCACACGGUGUCAAGUCAGAUGUUUUAAUUGUUAAUUAACAAUUGUUAAUUGUGAGAAUUAUAACGUGUAUAAACCUGUAAGUUAUAUUAGCAGUAAAUUUUUCUCCAUUAUAUUUCCACUUUUCUUAGGUUUUUUCAAAAUUCCAAGGUUUUCGUAAACUUUGAUUGUUUACUCUCUGCGAAGACGGAAAGCUAGAAAUAUGAAUUCUUCCAAGAUGGAAAGAUUUUUGCCGAAUGAGUGUUAUAUUUGUAAAUCCAGAGACAAAUUAAUAAGAUGUGGAUGCAAAAUGAUUUGCUAUUGCUCUGAGGAUCAUCGAUUGGAGCAUUUGCCAGUUCAUGAAAGUUUUUGCAAAGUAAUUAAAAAAUUGUUAAUAGAGAAAAAAGUGUCACACAUUCAUGAAGAGCUUAAAAUUUUAGGUGGAUUUGAUUGGAGUGCAAAAAAGGAAAAAAUCAGCAUUGAAGUAACAAAGAAAUUAGGAAGACCCAUGAGUCUAUUAGAAAAUGCAAUGUGGACACAUUCGCGAGUGUGUUUCGUUUGUCGUCAAACAAGACAAGAAGAUUUAACAAAUUGUCCUGAUUGUCCAGUGGCAAGUUUUUGUAAAGAGCAUCCACAAAAUGAACUUCACACUAUGAAUUGUAAAGUGAUGAAUCAGUAUUUAAAAGUUCUUAAAACCGCCGAAGAAUUAAAUAUCGAUUUGAAAUUUUUGUCUCCUAUUUUUCCGUGUAUUACAGAAGAAGAAGAAAAUGAAGCUAUAGAUAUACUUACAAAUACAUAUACCGUAACUGACAUGAAAAAAUGUUAUUUAAAAUCGAGAUUAUUGAAAAUGGAUCUUAUUAUCUUUAUGGAUGCAGCUUCGAAAAUUAAUAGUGCUUUACAAAAAGUUCACGACACGAUUCCAGAAGAAUUGACAAUUCACAUCGAUGCCCUAUCUUAUAAACACGCAAUUACAAAAAAGAAUUAUUGGGAAUUUCUCCUGCAUCUCAAUCCAGAGAUAAAACAGUUAAAAAUUGUCAACACUGCAAUUAAAAAUCCAGACAAUGUAGAGACGUCUCUUUGUGAAAAUUGCAUUUCAGAGGAAAAAGAAUUGAUUGUUGAAUAUUCGUCAGAAUCUUACGACGAUUACAUGUUGGAUGAAAAUUAUCAAGAACCAGAUAUUCUGUUUUACGUUCAAAUCAAUGAUGAAUGUAAUUCCAAAAGAUUAAACAUGUGGAGUGAAUUUGAUUGUCCCGUUAUUUUACGAUUCGAUUCAAAAUUAGAUUUUUGUAAAACACAACAUUUUCUCUCGUUUUCAAGAGCAAAGUUUCAAUUCAUUUACGAAGGACAAUUUACAACACCAUUCAGUACAUUACCCAGCAAACAUUGUUACAUAACAGUUAUGUAACAGUUAUGUCACAGAAUAUCACACGUGAUAUAACAUGAUAUGAACAUGUGACACGAAAUGUCGUAACAUGAGGGUCACAGUUACAUAAUUGUUACAAGAAGGGUGAUAUAACAAUUAUGUUGCAGCGUGAUAUUUAAUUAUUAUAUCACAGUUAUGUAAAUAUGUUACAUAAUUAGAAGAAUUUGAUACAUAAUUGUUAUAUCACACUUAUAUCACGUUGUGACUUAUUAUUAUAUCACAGUUAUGUAAAUAUGUUACAUAAUUGUUAUAUCACACUUAUAUCACGUUGUGACUUAUUAUUAUAUCACAAUUAUGAGAUUCUGUUACAUAAUUUGAUGAGCUUGUUAUAUAAUUGUAACAUCACUAUUAUGACCUACGUGAAAAUUAUUGUUAUUAUUUUUAUUCAAUAGAUAAUAACAAAUGCCAUUUGACAUGGUAAUAUCCAAAAAUAAUUUUAGUAAAAAACUGAUUUAUUAAUUAGUACAUUUUUUAAACUUGAUUUUUUUACAGAUCUUUAAUAUUAUUUAUAAACAUGUUCACAAGU